CGCAGCUUCAGGUCUGCACGCUGUGUUCGCACCCCCAUUCUUCUUUGCCUGUUUGAUUUGCACCACGCACCUAGAUAUUGAAUGUACGUUCUCAAUUGCUCACUAAUCUAUCAGUUUCAUUAAUUAGUCGAUUGUAUUGAAGGUUGGCUCUUUGGAGCGUGAGGAGGCUGGGCGCUGGAAAACAUUCUGUACAUGUUCAUGGUGCUCGAUGCACUACCGAACAAAAUGAGCCCCUUGGCCUAGAGAAGAAAAAGAGCAAAAGGCACAACAGUUUGUCUGCAUCUUCUCUCUACAACCACAUCUCAUCUCGCGAAUCAUCAGCACCAUCGCCUAUCUCCCUUCGUCCAAUCUACACUCUUAAAUCAGCAUCGACUCAAAACCAUCCCUCCAACCAGCGCUCACCCACGUCCACCUGUGUCCACCUUUCGCGAUCUUGUAACAAAGUACAUCCUCUCGUCACGCACCACAGCACACAAAAAGUCGCUAAACGUUAUGUCACCCACACAACCACCUUCAAACAAGCUUCUGCUGACGAGCAUGGAUAACGAGGACGCGGACACUGAGGAUGCUAGCCGAGCCGACUUCAUUGGAGAUGACCGCAGGAUUAUUGACAAUGGCCGGGAAUUGAGUAUAGUGGACUAUUACGACUCUCACGAACAAACGGACGUGACGAUUAGAAACGAAAGAAAACCUGGCUUGCCACCUGGUAUGGCCCCAGCUCCUCCUUGUGCACCUACUCUUCUCAACUCUACCUUCACACGCAGUACCGUUUAUUACCCCACUAUUCUCCACAUUCCCAAUUGCUGUAUGGCAUUUUCAAACAUCAAAAUAUAUAUAAAAACUAACAUGACCAAUGUCUUAAUCCUCGUCACAACAGUCAAACGGCAAGGUGCAAACGAUCCUGAAAAGAGUCUACCAUCAGGUCUAGUUCCUGCACUACUCUGGGAAGAUCCAAGCAAGUUCCGGUACCCAGACCCGCUAUCGACCGCACUCUCUAAGGCCUUGUUGUGCACCGCCGGACAGGAUGGGCUAACAUCAGGCCAUGAGUUUACCCCAGACCUUUAUUCGCGUCUUUGGGAGUAUGAGUUUGCAUCCUACUCGGCCACUACUGCAUUUCCGCCGGGUUUCGAUCUUAAUGGUGCCCAGACCAUUCACGAUAUGGAGCACCUAUCAGUCAAGCUAGAGAAGACCCAUGCGAAAGCCAUCGUCAUCGGAACUCCAUCCGCAUGCGGACCUGCGCUGAUAGGAGGAGAACUGUCUACUGCUACCGCGAAGCGUCCUCCCUCAAGGCAUCUUAGCGCAAAGCGUUCAACUGCAAAGCGUUCACCCGCAAAGCACAUUGUCACCGCACCUAACUCAAUAAUGAACGCAACCCGGAUGCCCAGUCGUGCCCAAGCCCCUUCUACAGCCCAGCCAGUGCAGUGGGCAGAAAACAUGACACCCGAGUCUGCUAAGUCCAAAUGGCAAAGAUGUGAACCUGGGGGUCCUCCCAGUCAACCAACUGCUUCGACGACAGCAGCAGCAGCAGCAACAACAGUAACAGGGGAGCUGAACGAGGAAUAUCUACCAGCAAUAAUCGAGACCAUGCCAAACGUCCACACCCCUUCGACUUCCGCUAGUCGACAGACACUUCAACCCACUUACUUUGCGGAGCAGUAUAGCCCCGACGAUCGCUCGGACAAGCGCAGGAACAACAUUCUAAAGCAGUUGAAGAUGGCCAAAGCCAAGCAAUCUUGACGUGCAAACAAGGUGUCUAUUGCAUGGGGAUGAGAAUUCAUACAUACCAUACACCGCUAAUCUAUUAUCCCAUUACCCUACUAUCUUAUUAUCCUAUUAUCUUGUCAUUCUAUUAUCCUGUUAUUUAUUAUCCUGUUAUUUAUUAUCCUGUUAUUUAUUAUCCUGUUAUUUAUUAUCCUGUUAUUUAUUAUCCUGUUAU